AUGGCAAUUGAUAUUUCAAAAAUGCAUCCGUAUAAUAGCCCGGUAAGCCCUUCACUUUUUCCUCAUUUGACAAUUGUUCUGCUUGGAAUUGGUUUGAUUUCUACUGCCUACUUUUUUGUUAAUGGAGUAAGUUUAUUGAUAGUCUUAAUUGUAGUUGAAGCUCUAUAACGACACUCCCCUUAGGCUUAAUUUUUUGACAAGGAUUAGGGAUGAGACGGGGAAGAGGGUAUCGUUAUAAAGGAGCUUCACUCCCCCCUUUUCGAAAACAUCU